AGCGCGCGAGAACGGACGCGAGACGAGAAGUCGGGAGCGAGCAAGUCGGCGCGGCACGUUAAACGGACUGCUUGCUCUGACGUGAAGUGGCGUAGCGGCCGCGUCAACACGGGCGACGCGGCGGCCGGACGGACACGAACGCGUCGACGGGCCUGUCCCCCGGAGGAAGGGACCGUCGCGCGCGCAACGCGAUCAAUUUUCGUUGCGGCGCGCGGGCGGCCGCCAACAGACCGUAGGACGGACGCGAGACGAAAUGACGGGGCGACCGGGAUACCGAUAAUCGGCCGGAUAAUGUUGUCGCAGAGCAAGUUCUACGCUCUCUUCAUCCACUACACGUUUGUGUAGCGCGACACGGGGCGGGUCCUUGCCGCUGCGGUGAAUAGUGAAGGAGAAAGAAGAAGAGGAGGAGGAGGAAGAGGAGGUGGAGGACGACGAGAGGAAGGCAGAAGAAGAAGGAAGAGGAGAAGGGCCGAGCGGCGAGUGAAGGUAGAAACGAGAGAAGUCGUGGAAAGGGGCGGAAUAGAAGGAAUUAUCUCGAGACGAAAGGGCGCCUUGAAGUCAGCGUUAGGUCGCGCCAUCGUUGCUCGGGGCUGAAAGAGAGGAAGAAGACGGAGAGAAGGAGAAACGGAGUUUCCGAGUGGAAAAGAUAAAAACAGAGAGGUGGCCGUGUAACACGGUGCACGCGCGCGCACGCACGCACGCACGCAGGGAGUGAGAUAUCGCGCGCGAGAUCGGAGAAGCGCCACGUUUCGCCGUCGCGUCGUUCUUCUUCUGCCGUUUGUUGGUGUGAAAGAAAAAAAAAGUGCAUCUCAGUGUCGUCGCUCAUCGGUGCUCAGUUUGUGCUAACCCCGUAUUUUCGAGGCUGAACGAGCAAAGCCCGCGGAGGUAUCCCAGAACCCGCCCCCCCCUCCCCCACCCCUCCUCUUCCCACGACGUUGCAGUGCCUCUCUUCUCUCCGUAUCGCUACGUCGCGCGCUUCUCUUUUACGUUUACGCAGCGGUGACUAUCUACGCUGGAGAGUGUUCGACCUCCUCGACUAUAAAAGAAACGACCGACUCGAAGACCAGACUAUGUUAUUUCGGAUAACGGAUUGAUCGCACCCGUCGCUUCAUUCACACGUCGGACAUGAAAAAUCUUGGUUCGCGUUGGACGGUCCCCGACAUAGCACGCACUGCCGCAGCGCGUUCGUCAUUUCUCGUCGCCAUUUCGUUGGAACGAGAUUCAGGUAGCAGCAGCAGCAGCAGCAGCAGCAGCAGCAAAAGCAGCAUCCGCAACCGGAACAAAACUAGAAGUAGCGAUAGUAGCAGCAACGGCAUCAGCAACAGCCGCAGCCGCAGCAGCAGCAGCAGCAGCAGUAGUAUUCGCGUGACGGCGAUCGACAAGAAAAGGGAGCGUAAGAGCAGCAGCGGCAGAUCGGCAAUCGACGUGCUGCACGGAGCGCACUUAUCCGUCCGACCGUACGUUACGGCGCCGUGUGACCGCAUCGUUGGCACGACGCGCUCCGCUGAAUCGCCCAGAAACCGGCCGGAAGCCGGCAAGUCGCGCCGCUCACAGCACCGGACCCGUCGUCCCCGUCAGCCACAGCAGCAGCUCUACUACCCCCCCGCAUCGUGGGACACGCGCACACCACACUUCAGGAACUGUUAGCACCGAUCAAAAGAAGGUGGCUCAGCUGUGCGCAGCCUAGACAAUGUCCGAAGAUUCUGACUCUAUAUCAGAGGAAGAAAGAAGUUUGUUCCGUCCGUUCACGCGGGAGUCCCUGGCAGCGAUCGAGUCUCGCAUUGCCGAGGAAGAGGCCAGGCAGCGGGAGCUUCAGCAGAGAAGAGCGGAAGGCGAGGUACGAUAUGACGACGAGGACGAGGACGAAGGUCCUCAGCCGGAUCCGAUGUUCGAGCAGGGGGGGCCGCUCCCCGUCCGAAUGCACAACGACUUUCCACCCGAGUUGUCCUCCACACCUCUCGAGGAUAUUGAUACCUUCUACCACAAUCAAAGGACCUUCGUCGUCAUUAGCAAGGGGAAGGACAUAUUCAGGUUUUCGGCGACGGAUGCGAUGUGGUUGCUCGACCCGUUCAACCCUAUACGUCGCGUCGCCAUUUACAUACUGGUUCAUCCGAUCUUUUCCCUCUUCAUCAUCACCACGAUAUUGGUUAACUGUAUACUCAUGAUCAUGCCCACCUCGCCCACCAUCGAGUCCACCGAAGUGAUAUUUACGGGCAUCUACACAUUUGAGUCCGCCGUUAAGGUGAUGGCGAGGGGUUUCAUUCUGCAGCCUUUUACCUAUCUUAGAGAUGCAUGGAAUUGGCUCGACUUCGUAGUUAUAGCUUUAGCUUAUGUGACGAUGGGCAUAGAUCUAGGCAACCUUGCCGCUCUCAGGACAUUUCGAGUCCUCCGAGCCUUGAAGACUGUCGCUAUUGUACCAGGUCUGAAAACCAUUGUCGGCGCUGUGAUAGAAUCCGUGAAGAACCUGCGCGAUGUGAUAAUCCUGACGAUGUUCUCCCUCUCCGUCUUUGCGCUGAUGGGCCUUCAGAUUUACAUGGGGGUCCUCACGCAAAAGUGUAUAAAGAACUUUCCUGAGGACGGCUCCUGGGGCAACCUGACCAACGAUAAUUGGGUGAAAUUCGUUAGUAACGAAUCUAAUUGGUACAGGGACGAGGCUAAAAAUAUGCCUUUAUGUGGAAAUUCAUCGGGAGCGGGGCAAUGUCUGCCCGGCUACACGUGUUUACAAGGGUACGGCGGUAAUCCGAAUUACGGUUACACGAGCUUCGACACCUUCGGCUGGGCAUUGCUCUCCGCCUUUCGUCUCAUGACUCAGGACUACUGGGAGAAUCUCUAUCAAUUGGUGCUAAGAUCAGCCGGGCCGUGGCACAUGCUCUUCUUCAUCGUCAUCAUCUUCCUCGGCUCUUUCUAUCUCGUGAACUUGAUUCUCGCUAUCGUCGCGAUGUCGUACGACGAGUUGCAGAAGAAGGCCGAGGAGGAGGAGGCUGCCGAAGAGGAAGCUAUGAGGGAAGCCGAGGAAGCCGCGCUGGCGAAGGAGAACAAGCUCGCCGCGCAGGCCGCCGCGCGGGAAGCCGCGGCCGUGGCGGCGGCCGCCGCGGCGGCCGCGGAUCAGAUCGUCAAGUCCCCGUCGAACUUCUCGUGCCAGAGCUGCGAGCUGCAGCUCUACAUCCAGGAGAAGGGCAACGACGACAACAACAAGGAGAAGAUGAGCAUACGCUCGAUCGAGUCCGCCGGCGACCAGCGGCACGUCAAGCAGAUCAACAACAACCACAACGCUGCCAAUAAAGCGCGAAAAGUCAGCGCCGUCCCUCGCGCCGCUAAUGGCCAGUUUACUUAUGCCUACCAGGAAAGCCUGCGGAAGGCGAGCCUGAGCCUACCCGGCUCACCGUUCAAUCUGCGCCGCAGCAGCCGUGGCAGCCACCAGUUCACGAUACGCAAUGGCCGCGGCCGGUGCUUCGUGCCGCCGGGCGGCGACCGGAAGCCCCUCGUGCUGUCGACGUACCUGGACGCCCAGGAGCACCUGCCGUACGCCGACGAUUCGAACGCGGUCACGCCGAUGUCCGAGGAGAACGGCGCGAUCGUCGUGCCGGUGUACUACGCGAACCUCGGCUCGCGUCACUCGUCCUACACCUCGCACGCCUCGCGGCUCUCCUACACGUCCCACGGCGACCUGGCCUUCCCCGGUAUCCGUGGCAUCGACAGCAUCGGCAAGCAGCUCACCAAGCAGGAGCAGAUCCUCAGGAAUCGCAACAACAAGCAGACGACGCCCGCGAACGGCCACGUCACGGACACCAAUCAAAAAUCCUAUCACUUCGAAACCGAUCUGGAGGAUCCCAUGGGCAAGACCAAGCAACAAGACAAUCCGUUCAUCGAGCAGUCGCAGCAGCACACCGUCGUCGACAUGAAGGAUGUAAUGGUGCUGAACGACAUCAUCGAGCAGGCCGCCGGUCGCCAGAGCCAGACGCCGGAGCAAGGAGUUUCGACCUAUUACUUUCCGACAGACGACGAUGAAGAAGGGCCUACGUUCAAGGACAAGUUAUGGGCCGGAUUGCUACGUUGUAUCGACAUCUUUUGCGUCUGGGACUGCUGUUGGCUCUGGCUUGAAUUUCAAAAGUACGUGUCCUUGUUGGUGUUUGAUCCGUUCGUAGAGCUCUUCAUCACACUCUGCAUCGUUGUCAACACGCUCUUUAUGGCUCUGGAUCACCACGACAUGGACAAAGAUAUGGAAAGGGUGCUCAAAUCUGGCAAUUACUUCUUCACGGCAACAUUCGGCAUCGAAGCGGGUCUGAAGCUGAUAGCGAUGAGCCCGAAAUAUUAUUUUCAAGAGGGCUGGAACAUCUUUGAUUUCCUCAUCGUCGCUCUGUCGCUUCUGGAAUUGGGCUUGGAAGGUGUGCAAGGUCUGUCGGUAUUGCGAUCCUUCAGAUUGCUGAGAGUGUUCAAGCUGGCUAAAUCAUGGCCUACGCUGAAUCUGCUGAUCUCCAUCAUGGGCAAGACGGUGGGCGCGCUGGGUAAUCUAACGUUCGUACUGUGCAUCAUCAUCUUCAUCUUCGCCGUGAUGGGCAUGCAGCUCUUCGGUAAGAACUACACCGACAACGUCGACCGCUUCCCGGACGGCGACCUGCCCAGAUGGAACUUCACCGAUUUCAUGCACUCCUUUAUGAUCGUGUUCCGAGUGUUGUGCGGGGAGUGGAUCGAGUCUAUGUGGGAUUGCAUGCUCGUCGGCGACGUCUCUUGCAUACCGUUCUUCUUGGCCACCGUCGUCAUCGGUAACUUGGUUGUCCUGAAUCUCUUCUUAGCUCUGUUGCUCAGCAACUUCGGCUCGUCGAAUCUGUCGGCCCCGACUGCGGACAACGACACGAACAAGAUCACGGAGGCGAUAGAUCGAAUAGCACGUUUCAUUAAAUGGAUCAAGCGAAAUGUUCUUUACAUUGCUAAGUUGAUGCGAGCCAAAUUCACCAACCAGAUAUCCGAUCAGGCGCCAGGUGAGGGACCGUCCAACAGUUGGAAAGAAGAUGGGAUUGAUCGCGAUGGGGACCUAGAUCUUGCAGAUGGAGAGCUGGACGCGUACAGAGACAAGAAGAGCGCCAAAGAGCUUAAUCAACUUGAAGUCGCCAUUGGCGACGGGAUGGAGUUUACCAUUCACGGAGAUUUGAAGAACAAGCUGAAGAGAGGCAAGCUGUGCAUGAACAAUACGAAGGUUAUCGCAAAUUCAAUAAACCAUCACGAUUAUAGGCUGGACAACGAUUACAUUAAUCAGAACGAAGACGACACUAUCAGUAAUAAAUCAUACGGCAGUCACAAAAAUCGCGCGUUCAAGGACGAAAGCCACAAAGGCAGCAUGGACUCGCUGAACGGCGAGGAGAAGAAGGAUGCGAGCAAGGAAGACUUGGAGCAGGAAGAAGGUUCGCAAGAAGAUCUCGAAGACGAGUGCGAAGAAGAGGAAGAGGGCGACGUCGUGAUCAUACACGCGGAUGACGAUCCUAUUCAGCCGAAUUAUCCCUCCGAUUGCUGUCCGGAAAAUUGCUACAAAAAGUUUCCAUUCCUCGCCGGCGACGACGACGCGCCGUUCUGGCAAGGCUGGGCGAACCUGAGAUUGAAAACCUUCCAGCUGAUCGAGAACAAGUACUUCGAGACUGCCGUCAUCACCAUGAUUCUUCUGAGCAGUUUGGCCUUGGCCUUGGAGGACGUUCAUCUUCAAUCUCGACCUGUUCUGCAGGACAUAUUGUACUACAUGGACCGAAUAUUCACUGUGAUCUUCUUCCUCGAGAUGUUGAUCAAGUGGCUAGCUCUAGGAUUCAGGAAGUAUUUCACAAACGCCUGGUGCUGGCUCGACUUCAUCAUCGUCAUGGUAUCGCUCAUUAACUUCGUAGCGUCGCUCUGUGGCGCUGGCGGGAUUCAAGCCUUCAAAACAAUGCGGACCCUAAGGGCCCUAAGGCCGCUCAGGGCGAUGUCUAGAAUGCAGGGGAUGCGGGUAGUCGUCAACGCCUUGGUCCAAGCCAUUCCAUCCAUCUUCAACGUGUUGCUGGUAUGCCUUAUUUUCUGGCUUAUAUUCGCUAUCAUGGGGGUGCAACUGUUUGCUGGCAAAUAUUACAAAUGUGUCGACGCGAACAAGACGACACUCAACUUCGAGAUAAUACCGGAUCGCAACGCUUGCGACGCUGAGAAUUACACGUGGGAGAAUUCGCCGAUGAACUUCGAUCAUGUCGGCAAAGCGUAUCUGUGCCUAUUUCAAGUGGCGACUUUCAAAGGAUGGAUCCAAAUCAUGAAUGACGCGAUCGAUUCGAGGGAGGUCGGUAAGCAGCCGAUUCGUGAAACGAACAUUUACAUGUAUCUCUACUUCGUGUUUUUCAUUAUAUUUGGAUCGUUUUUUACCCUCAACCUAUUCAUUGGUGUGAUCAUCGAUAACUUUAAUGAGCAAAAGAAGAAAGCCGGCGGUUCCCUCGAAAUGUUCAUGACAGAAGAUCAGAAGAAAUAUUACAAUGCCAUGAAAAAGAUGGGCAACAAGAAGCCUCUGAAGGCGAUUCCUCGACCGAGGUGGCGGCCGCAGGCGAUAGUGUUUGAAAUAGUGACGGACAAAAAGUUCGAUAUGAUAAUCAUGCUGUUCAUCGGGCUGAACAUGCUCACGAUGACAUUGGACCAUUAUCAACAGAGCGAAACGUUCAGCAAUGUUCUGGACUAUCUCAACAUGAUAUUCAUUGUGAUAUUCACCAGCGAGUGUCUCAUGAAGAUCUUCGCUCUGCGCUACCACUACUUCAAGGAGCCAUGGAACCUCUUUGAUUUUGUUGUUGUUAUAUUGUCAAUAUUAGGUCUGGUGCUCAGCGACAUCAUCGAGAAAUACUUCGUGUCGCCGACUUUGCUUCGUGUGGUGAGGGUGGCGAAGGUCGGCCGUGUACUUCGACUCGUGAAGGGCGCCAAGGGUAUCCGAACCCUUCUCUUCGCCCUAGCGAUGUCACUACCGGCCCUCUUCAAUAUUUGCCUAUUGCUGUUUCUGGUGAUGUUUAUCUUCGCGAUAUUCGGCAUGUCCUUCUUCAUGCACGUCAAGGACAAGAGCGGACUGGACGACGUGUACAACUUCAAGACGUUUGGACAGUCGAUGAUACUGCUGUUCCAGAUGUCAACGUCGGCAGGCUGGGACAGCGUCCUCGAUGGCAUAAUAAACGAGGAGGAUUGCCAGGAGCCGAACAACGAGAUCGGUUACCCGGGCAACUGUGGCUCGUCGACGAUCGGAAUCGCCUACCUGCUCUCGUACCUCGUGAUCAGCUUUCUGAUCGUCAUCAACAUGUACAUCGCCGUGAUCCUCGAGAAUUACUCGCAGGCGACCGAGGACGUGCAGGAGGGCCUGACGGACGACGACUACGACAUGUACUACGAGAUCUGGCAACAAUUCGAUCCGGAUGGCACGCAAUAUAUACGAUACGACCAGCUGUCGGAAUUCCUCGACGUAUUGGAGCCCCCGCUACAAAUACACAAGCCGAACAAGUACAAGAUUGUGUCGAUGGAUAUCCCCAUAUGUAAGGGAGACCUUAUGUUCUGCGUGGACAUCCUCGAUGCCCUCACCAAGGACUUUUUCGCGCGGAAGGGCAAUCCAAUAGAGGAGACGGGCGACCUCGCCGAGGUGCAGGCGCGGCCCGACGAGGUCGGUUACGAGCCGGUCUCGUCCACGCUGUGGCGGCAGCGCGAGGAGUACUGCGCCCGCCUCAUACAGAACGCCUGGCGGAAGCACAAGCAGCAGCGCCUCGGCGGGCCGAGCGAGGAGAGCGACGAUCCGGACACGGAUCUGUGCGUGCGGCAGACCAAGGUGCUGGUUGAGAGCGACGGCUACGUCACGAAGAACGGCCAUCGCGUCGUUAUACACAGCCGAUCGCCGAGCGUCACCUCGAGAACCGCGGACGUCUGAUCGCCAUCGUCGUCGUCGUCGCCGCCGCCGCAGCAGCAGCAGCCGCAGCCGCAGCCGCAGCUACCGUCGUCGCUAUCACAGCCAUCGCCGCUAUCGCCGCCGCCGCCGCCGUCCGUGCGCCGCAAAUCGCUCCAUCGCCGCAGCAGCAGCAGUAGCCGCAGCAGCAGCAGCAGCAGCCGCAGCACCACCAUCAGCAGCAGCAGCAGCAGCAGCAGCAGCAGCAGUAGUAGCAUCGUCGACGACGAUGAUCGCUCACCGUCAAUCGCUCACACUGCUCGCGCGGAGUAGUGGUCGGGCAGGCACCCUCGCGUGCGCUCUCCAUCGACAGCCUUAUAGUUGUAUAAAAUAACAUUCCUCCAACGAGUUGCCUUUAAAUCGACUUUAAAUGAGCCACGACCGUUGGGAGAGACGAGAGAAAGAGAGAGAGAGAGAGAGAGAGAGAGAGAGAGAGUGUGUGAGAGAGAGGGAGAGAAUGAGAGAGACGUCGAGACGAGCGUCCGUAUGAAGAGGAGACUGCGACUGCGUUUUGAGAUUUCAAGAGUCGGAAGUGCGCUGCGCCCUCGCCGAUCGCCGCGCUAAUCUGAUGCGCGAAAAAGCAGUUUUUUUUUUUUUCCUUUCGAAGGGUCGGCUUUGCUUUGCGGCGUCCGGAUCGAAAGGAGUUCGAAGUGCGAAGGAGGAAGAGGAGAGACCGGGAGACGAGGAGGAAUACGAAGGCGGCCGACGCGACAUCGCGACGUCCUUACCGAGCCGACUUCCCCACACCGCAACUCGUGCGGGCGACAUCGCGACGUCGGGUGGAGGUAUUUUGCUUCUGUACCUCGAAGCUUUGCCUCUGUUCCUCAUCGUUCGAUUUAGAGAGUAAGAGAGAGAGAGAGAGAGAGAGAGAGAGAAGAAAGAAAAGAGAGAGCAUCGACGACGAUCCGCGCGAACCUGCGUGUUAGCUGCGCGCGUCGAGGCGGCGCGCGAGCGGAUCGGUGGAGCGCGCGACCACCAUCUCCAAACACCGUCUCGUACACGUUAGCUCAAUCUCGCGAUUCUCUAUAUCCGCCAUUUGGAUUUUUUACACCGUUUUACAGCAGAACUACUCCGCAGCAACUCGCCCCCCUCCGCGCGACGCCGCGAUGCCUCGAGCGCCGCCAUCGAGAGUCCUCGUCGCGGUGAAACAUCCGCUUCAAGGAGAACGAUGCACGGCAGGAUGCACGAUAGCGAGCGUAAGGACGACGACGAUGACGAUGAUGAUGAUAAUGAUGAUGAUGAUGAUGAUGAUUGUCGAUGAUACUUGACGUACGAUGAUCACUUUUCGACUUUAAAACGAAGGAAGAAGAAGGGAGACGAGCGAAAGGAAGUUCGCGGGCGGAAGGAGAAGGACUCAUUUUUCGCGAAGUGAAAUGUACGCGUUUAGUAGUAACUACAUUCGCUCGGCUUGCAUCUCUCGCGGAAAACGGCGAAACGCUUGAUCGCGCCCGCUUGGUUUCCAACCCCCUCCCCCGCCCCUUCCGGCCCGUUUCUUUCACGGCCGACACCACUUAAAUGUUUGUCCAUCGGUCUCGAAGGGGCGCGCGCGCGCGCAUGCGCGCGCGCACCGUCGCUCCGUCGCAAAUUGAUCGACGACGUUUUCUUCACAAUGUUCACCGUGGAUUGUUGAUCGCCAACCCUUCCGCGAAGCGCGAACCGUGUUUAAUGUUGAUUCACCGCCGUUGAGUCCGCGUUUUCUCUCUUUUUUACAAGCGCGGCGUUUCGCACGGCCGUGCGCAAGACUUUCUCCCUCCUGGAAGAGGGAAUCCCCCCCCAUUUGUGCCGUCGCUUCUUUUCCUUCUCUCUUCGGAUUUUUCUCGCAACUUGUCUACUAUAUUUGUCGUCUCCGUCUUUGCCGCUCUUUUGCCGCUCUCUUUCCACCACUUCCUUCUCGACGAUUCCCCCGCUGCGAGUGAACGAUCGCGUCAAAAGCAGGCGCGCAUCUUUCAAAGUAAAGGAAACAAAAAAGACGAGGAAAAGAAGAGAGAAAGGCGACGUAUUUUUAACGCGUUCGACGAACGGCCGAAGGGGACGGAGAGGGGGGGGCGCGAUUCCGCAGUCAUCAUCAGCUAGAUAUUUACACAUUUGCAAAACUUACACGCAGUCUUACACGACGUAGUAAACGCGCUUCGGAAUAAAUAAAUUAAUACAUUCUAGUGUAUCGUUAUUCGAAUAAUCGCAGAAUCGACCGCCGCGGGCGCGCGCGAGUGCGCGCGCCCGCGAGCGUAAACCCGUCUCGCGUCGCACAACUCGCAAAAGCUGAGGAUAUUUUAUAAAUAGGGGUUGUUGUGUAUAAUUAUUAUUAUUGUAAUUAUUAUUGUAUCGAGGGUGCACAAUAUGGAGCGCCGCGCGGAAUUCGAUCGCCCGAUUUCACCGGCGACGAGCUGAUUAAAACGAAGAAAAUACUCAUCGUUAUGUAAAAUAGUUUGAUCGCUCCGAAAAUAUAUAUCGCUCUUUUAGUGGCAAAAGCGUUUUCACUCCGAAUUCGAAAGUCGCGUGUAUCUUCAAAAGUCCGGAGUAAUGAAAGAGAAAAAAAAGACUUCCGCAUGAAAAAGAAAUUUUCUAUGUGGAAAAGAAUUUGUUUUUUGGAUCGUAUUCUCGCUAAUCGGACGAUGAGAACCCUACGUUGUGCCUUUUGAAUAACAGCAAUCUUAAGCAAGCUAACUUCGGUUUUCUCGAUAUCGCACCAUUAAACGUCCGGCGAGUCCGUCGGAUGCCAAAAAGGCGUCGCGCACACCGUCGAAGCUGCUACUUUGUUCUCGUAUCACGAAAAGCGAACGUCGUAUCCUUCGCUCUGUUUUCUCUCAGCACCGGGAUAUUUUUAACGGCCGCCGGCCAGCGCCGUUCCGACGGCCCAGCCGUCUCGAUAAAUGGCAGAAUUUAGACGGGUUUACGCACAGACUUCGCGCGGAAUCGCGCGCAGAUUCACGUCAAACUUUUUAUCGUCACGUUUGUCAAAGUUGAGCGUGUCUCGACGAUCGCGUCGACUUCGAUCGGCGUCGGCGAUGUUGGAAGGAAUGCAGUUCGCGGAAGAUGUGCGCGCAGGUCUGAGAGCAGCGCUCUCGAUUCGCCUUCGCAAUCCGGAGGCUAAUUGGCACGAGACUUUUGUUCCUCUUAUCUCAAGCGUAUUCUCGAUGCGAUCGGCAUUCUCUUGUAUUAUCUUGUGUUCUUUCCACCGCGUGUCGACGUUACCGCAGUCGUCGUCGCGAUUCCGCCACGAAGCGACUACCAAUCAUUUCGCCUCCGCGCAACCCACACACAGAGGAUCACCAAAGCUAACUGAAGCAAGUGUGUGUUAAAUAAUUUAUACACGGAGUAUCAGAGUUUUAUUAUAACGCGUGAUGACGACGAUGACGACAUUGCUGACUCUGCAACGGCCAUGCUCGUAACAUACGUUAUACAUAUAUACAUAUAUAUAUAUAUAUAUUAUAUAUAGAAAAAGAGAGAGAGAGAGAGAGAGAGGAGGAGAGAGGAGGGAGAGAGAGAGAGAUAGAGAGAAAGAGGAAGAGCGAAUGCUGUACGUGCAGGAUGGGACAAGCGGAGCGCCCGCGUCUUUCUUCCUUUGACAUUUUAUUAGUCGCUCGAGUAAAACUGCUGCUCCAAAGCAUCCCACUUCGAACGCCGCAUUUUUCUUCGAACGUUCGGCUAAUCCUUUCCCCUGAAAUGUCGGUCGGAAGACAGGUCUCGCGAGCGCGCGUCUCGCCUCGCACGCUACGCACACGAGGGGUCGAGCGCACGCAGCCGCUCGUCGAAAUUAAAAACGCGAGAAGAAGCGCGUUAUCGCAGUCACGCGGCGGCGGCGAGCUUAAUAAGUAGGCGGCGCGAUACGCGACAAAGAGAGAACGAGAGAAAGAGAGAGAGAAACAAAGAGAACGUGUAUGCGUGUGUAUGUGUGCGUGUGUGUGUCUCUCAGUGCGGAUCGCGCGAUCGUUAUUUUUCUACGUCUACAUCCGUGAUCCGCGUGUUAGAGCGCGUCGGUUAGGGCGGAGGGAAAGGGACGCAGACGUCGCAGACGCGGGUCGAGAGGGACAACGACGAGGAGGCGACGAGCGUUGUCGCGACGCUCGGAGAAGCGGUGACGCCACGCCGACAGGAAGUCGAUGACGUUGCGGGAGGGUGACGAUUGCUGAAAUUUGGGAGAGAAAGAAAGAGAGAGAGAGAGAGAGAGAGUGUAAACGGUUUUCUCGCUGGUCGAGAACGCGCGAGCGAGACUUAAGGACGAGAACGACGACGGAUCUGAUAGCAAGAACAAAGGCCGCGUUCAGCAGAUGCCGCAGCGAUGACAAACUCUUGCAAUUGGACGUGAUUAGCGGAUUUACGACAGAAAUGCACUCGUGCAUCUAUUAGAUGUCGUCAUCGUAGAUUUAUAUAUCGAUGCGUCUAACAAUUGAGCGUGGAAAAGUGAAUGUAAAAGAGGGAGCCUGUAAAACCCAUCCAUUUCCGGUUUGUAACACAUCAGGUAUUUAUUUUUACAAAUUAAUGACGCGCGUAAAUAUAUAGAAAUUAUACGCGCAAAUCGCACAUUCGAAAUUUCUAUCUUUCCGUUUCGUUCUUGAAUGCUACUUUUCUCUCUCUCCGACUGUUGCAUCUUCUGAACGCAGCCAGUAAUAAUGACGACGAUUCUAAUAAUUUUCAAAGACAACGAUGACGAUUAGAAUAUUGAAGAAAAAAAAAAAAUCGUAGGGAAGUCGUUGCAGAUAGAGAACGAUAUAAGAUAUUUCGUGAAUAAUGCAUAAAAACAAGAUGUUUGUGAUUUAAGCCACGCUCGAGUUUGCUUUGACGAAGCUUUUAGGAAAGCCAAUUCAAUAUUAAUGUGUCCUCGUAACCUUUUCUAUGUACUUAUUAAUUACAAUUCACGAAUUUCGUCGCGGAUUGUUCGAUGAUUUUACAUCGCCGUUUAGAGAGCCUGAAACUCGCUUCAAAGUGUACCCGCUAAACAACAAUUAAAUAACAAUUAAGAUCGAAUAUCAAUUAUUCCCGGAGAGAUCCAUAUAUUUAAAACAAAUUUUCUAUGGAAGUAAAUAAUAAAUGAUUCAUUCCGAAUCCCAAAAACGCAUCAUCUCUCGCGCUUGAAAAUUGCGCUUCGUCACGUUCAACCGCCGCUUUUUGCCCCGCGUCGCGGACGGGUGUGUGUGAGAAGCAGUAUUUUUUUAUAUCGCACAUCCCCGUAAAAAUAGCUGUUUGAUGGCGGUGCGCAUGUGCACGCAGCUGUACAGCCCGGAAACGGUCAUCGUUCCUCAUUGCGUUUCGUAUCCGCCGACCUUCCCCCAAUUUCCGAGCGCUCGAUCCGCGCGUUUCUUGCAUCCAUCGGCGUUGUCCCUCGGAAACGCGGCGUCCCGGAAGCGCGACGGACGACGACGACGACGACGACAUUGACGAUGACGAACCGAUCCCGAUUAGAUAACCGUUGAUCGUUUACAUACCGAUGUAACCCGCGAAAUAUGUCCGAUGGUCCGUCCGGCUCACUGUCCCGUACCUCCGAGACCCCCUCCCCGCCCCCUCUUUGAGUUUUGGCCUCCCCUCCCGUGUCGUAAUAUAAUUGCGCGAUAAUAAUUCGAUAAUAAUCAAAUCGCUUGUACUCAUAAUGAUAUAUAUUUUCGAUACUACAUUCGUGGGCAACAAAACUCUCUGUACAUAACCUGUAUAAAGACGCGAGGGACGCCGGCCCGUCGCGUGCGAAUUUACAUCGAGCCGAUAAACAUUAACUAACGUAGAUUGGCGUUUAAUUCUCUUCGCAGAGACUUCGGCCGUCUUCUUCCUAGAGGCGGAAAUAGAAAGAGAGAGAGAGAGGCGGUUUAAACGUCCGUUUCACUGUACCUAGUGUUUAUAGGAAGCGGCCUAUGCAAGGGCGUAAAAGCGCGUCCGCUUGAUUGAAACGUAAUGUUACGUCGAGCGCUUAAUUGGCCGAAGCACCUCGUACUUCCGAUGUAAAUCCGUGCGGGCCGGGCUGCCUUUUGAACGCGACGGACAGCCGAAACAAGUGGGCGCAAUCUCCGGAAGUGCCUCCUUGACGAUUUGCAUCACGAGAGUGCAUCGUUCUUCCCCGCGGAGGCGCGGAACGGAGGACGCUGAAAGGCGUCCGAAACUUGCACGGUUGUUCGUUUUUCACGAUUAUCUCGAAUGAGUCAUCCGAAACGGCGGAAGAGAGAAGGAGGAAGAAAAAAAGUGAAUCACGGGAGCAACAAUGAAAGAAAUAGAGCGAUUCUCUUUGCCCGAUCACCCGCGAUAGAUUCAUCGCACGAGCGAUGAUUCGUCACGAGGAGCUCGUCGGAAGCUCGUUUUGGAAAGUUUUGUUUCGCACGGAACUCAAACUAUCGCGGUUUCUGCAAUUAGAUUGCAAUGUCGAAUAAUGUCAUAAAUGAUUUUAAAUGACUUUAAAAAAAAAAA